UUGGUGCCUUGGUUUAAUUGGAGGUGUUACUCCUUCUCAGUUUACAUCCCUCCAGUUUUUUUUGAGCUUGCCUCUGAACUACUGCAGCCAUGUGGGAGUUCCGGUCCUUUUCCUUCUGGCGGGCAGUUUUUGCUGAGUUCUAUGGCACCAUGUUCUUCGUGUUCUUUGGGCUGGGUGCAGCUCUGCGUUGGACCACUGGCUCCCAUAAUGUGCUCCACGUAGCCUUCUGCUUUGGGCUGGCGGCUGCCACCCUCAUCCAGUCUAUAGGCCACAUCAGCGGUGGCCACAUCAAUCCGGCUGUCACAUUCGCCUACCUGAUCGGCUCCCAGAUGUCCCUCUUCCGUGCUUUCUUCUACAUCUGUGCCCAGUGUUUGGGGGCUCUGGCUGGGGCAGCUGUGCUGUAUGGGGUGACGCCAAGCAACAUGAGAGGCAAUUUGGCUCUUAACACACUGCAACCAGGCAUCAGCCUGGGCAUGGCCACCACUAUGGAGGUGUUCCUCACUCUGCAGCUGGUUGUCUGUAUCUUUGCUGUGACCGACGAGAGGCGUAACAGCCGUUUGGGCUCUGCUGCUCUGGCCAUUGGCUUCUCUGUGCUCAUGGGCCAUCUGCUGGGGAUGUACUACACCGGUGCUGGAAUGAACCCUGCAAGAUCUUUCGCGCCUGCUGUGCUUGUCAGGAACUUCAUCAAUCACUGGGUCUACUGGGUUGGCCCCAUGAUUGGCGGAGCAAUGGGUGCCUUGCUGUACGACUUCAUGCUGUUCCCACGCAUGCGCGGCCUGUCUGAGCGGCUGGCCAUGCUCAAAGGCAGUAGGCCCCCAGAGGUUGAGGGUCAACAGGACACCCGGGGGGAGCCUGUGGAGCUCAAGACACAGGCCCUAUAAAUACAGCAAGGAAAGGUUGGCUUGUUCUCCCCGACACUUCACAAGAUGCAUAUACAUUUCACAUGCCUCACUGCCUACACUCUUGACCCACUGCUCCUUACU